AAACGGCGCCCGACAUCGUCCCUGACGCACUUUAACCCUCUAUUCGCGGUCGCGAACGUGGUCAAGCAACAUGAGAAUUUCCUGGACCCAGACCGUAUCCGCAACCUGAUCCGGAUGUUCCGUCCACGGAUGGAUGCGGGAAUGUGGUUCGGUUGCGAGUGGUUCUAGUUGGACGAUGCGAGUGCAAGCAGCCACGAUGGGUUCCACCGAGAGUCCGGACAUCCGAUUCUGGUACAACAGUUCGAGCAACCUCUCCGAUUAUGACUCGCAACCAGAACACUACAUGCUUCUCACUGAGGAUAUCGACCAGUACAUCAGCAAAAUCAAUCUCUCCAACAACUCCUUGGACUUUCCGGUGUAUGUUCCGGCUCAGCUCAACUGCUCUCUGUUUGGUAACGGGACGAACUUGACCUGUUCAACAGGCUCUAUCGGCGAUGCAUAUCGCAAUUACUGGGCACUAGUGUUGCUAGUUGUGCCUAUACUGACUCUCUUUGGAAACGUGCUGGUUAUCUUGAGUGUUUUCAGAGAACGAACCUUGCAAACGGCCACAAACUACUUCAUUGUCAGUUUGGCUCUGGCGGAUCUUCUGGUUGCCGUUGUCGUUAUGCCCUUUGCCGUUUAUGUUCUGGUGA